AUGGGAGUCAAAGGUCUGACGUCGUACGUCAAGCAGAUUCAGCAUGCCGUCUCCGAGCAGGUGACAAUUCCAGUCCAAGGUGCGGCAAAUGGCGCCUCCAGCUCGUCCGCCUCCAAUGCCACCAGUGGUGGCCCCUUUGUCAUCGAUGGCUGGGCAUGGAUCUUUCGAGCCUACCUCGACCACUUCACCGAGUCUGUUCGCGGCGGCGAAUACAUUGGAUACACGCUCUACGUGCGUCACUUUGCCCGUGCGUUGCGACAGGCCGGUCUGGAACCCAUCUUCGUCUUUGAUGGUCCGUAUCUACCGCUCAAGAUCCCCACCGUUUUGUCGCGCCUCGGAGACAGCGCUGCUAGCAACUCAGGCUUCAUGCGAUCCUCGUCUCGCCUCAAGCCGGGAUUCCAAAUCUCGAUGGGUGUCUUCCCACCUCUCAUCUAUGACUGCACGCUAGAGGCGCUUCGCCAGUGCAACGUCAAGGUGAUCAUCGAACAGAUCGAGGCAGACGGCGCCGUGGCCGAACUAGCCGACGAGAUGGGCGGGUGGGCCGUCAGUAACGAUUCUGAUUUCUUUAUCCUAUGUGCUCGAGGCACGCAAUGCCGAGGCUAUGUCCCGCUCGACUCCAUCGAAUACCUCGUUCGACCACCGUCCAAACCUGAGCCUGAAAGCUCGCUGAAAGCGACUGACGCCGUUGCCACUGCUGUUGAUAACGACGACGGCUUCGCUCAGGUGGGAAAAAGCGGAAAGCCAAGGGGACGCAAGGGAGGCAAGGCUGCCGAGGCUGCAGCCGUUUCCGAACAGCUGCUCGAUCGACCACCAGCGAGCGCCGAGGAAGGUACCCUCGCCGGCAUCCGCUUCACGUCCUAUUCGUCACCAAAGCUGGCCGCUGCUCUCGGCAUCCCAACCUCGAUGCUGCCGCUGCUGGCAGCGCUCGUGGGCAACGACUACACUGCCAGCAUCCAAAAGCGCAUCCUCGAUCCUGCACUUCCCUUUGGGCCACAACGGAUCACCUUUAUCGCUAACGCCAUCAAGACAGAGACUCUGCGCAUGGCGGCCACGGGCAACCGCACACCUCAUCUCGGGUCGGGCACUGCGACUCCUUCUGCAACACGCAAAGGCCUCGGUCGCACUGGCUCCGGCUGGGGAGCUCUGUCGUCUCGUGGAGGCGGAGGCGGCUCCGCUAUCACAUCGGCGACAGCUACUCCGUUGGGCGACUCGAUGCAUCCCAAACUGGACGAGGCGCUUGCCGCACUCGCGCUGCAGGAUCCAGUGCGCUUCAUGGUGCAGAGCGUGAUCGAUCGCAUUCUGGCUGGAGUGGCACAACACUCACGCGAAGCAUAUGUAUCUUCGGGAGAGCAAAAGGAUCUCGUCGACGCCGUCAUCGAUUCGGUAUGCACGUACUCACUACUCAGUGAUCCGUCGGCCAUCCAUCGAUCUACGCCCGGCACUGACUUUUUCAACGACUCGACGAGUGGGGCCGCUGCCAAGCUUGCAAACCGCAAAGGACUGGAGCUGUACCGUGCCGCUUACAGCAAGGGGUUCUUCGACCGCGUGCUUGUCGAAUCCGUCACCCAGCGAUUCUGCAUGAACCGGAUGGCCCCUGAAGAUCCGGAUCAGAAGUCGAUCCAGUCGACGCAUGCUCGUGAUCUCAGGAGUUGGACGUUCGCCACGCUGUUUGCUACGUGGGGUAUGGACUGGGCACGGAGCACGUUGGAUGAACCUCUGCCAGCUGCGGAGGACGAGGACGAGGAGGAUCCGGCCGGCACACACGCCGGCGCGAUACCCAUCUUGGCGGGUCCCGGGCCGAACAAGGUGAAUUGGGACGAGGAGGGCGAUCCAGAGGAACUGAUUCCUGUGCAGACGCCGCCGUCGUCAUUUGGCAGCUCGAUGUACGACGAUCAAGAUGAUGAGGAUGGUCAAGGGGAGGCGGAGGAAGACGACGAAGUGCGGUCGCGUCCAGGUUCGGCGGUGGGGAUUGUGGAGGAGGAAGCGGAGCAGGGGUUGAAGCCUGCGCCGGCUGUGAUGGACUACGGCAGGAAGGGCGAUCGAUACGUGGCGGAGCAGUGCCCGGUCCUGACGCUGGAUGCGUUGAUCGCGAGGCAGCGCGGCGAGCUUGGUGUUGAACCGCCGCAGGCGCUGCGCAAGUACUUGCGCGCUUAG